AUGGAUACUAGUGACGACUCCCUAGAGCUGGUUUUUGGUGCCUUAGAUACAGAAAAUAAAGGAUAUAUUACCGUCGAACAGUUUGUGUCAACGUUUCGGGAGUUUUAUGAAGGCCCCAACCAGCAAGGUCGUAAAGUCUCUACCUCGCGCUCGACGGAUGAUAGCGGUGUCCACACUCAUGAACCCAGUAUAUAUGAUUGUGACAACGAUUCUGCGUUAAGUGUGGACGGUGUACAAAGUUCACGCCUACAACGUGACGAUAUUCGAAGGAGUUGGCCCAAGCACAGGGGCCCUUCAUUUCUAAUUGCUGAUCUUCCCGAAUCCCCGGGUAGUGCGUCUCGUUCUGACCUUCUCAUGGACGAUAUGGAAACUAAUCUUGAGCUAAUGCGAGAUCAAAUUCAACGCAUGGAGGAACGGGUGGAAGGUAUUCAGAACACACACCAAAGUGAAAAAGAAUCACGCAUUGAUCGAUUACGGGACGAGAAUGCUCGUCUCACAGCCCAAGUCACCGUGCUUGAGGAACGUCUGAAAGAAGCCGAGGCUCGAGCUCAACGAAGUUUGGAAGCUGAACGAAAUCAUUUACAAGCCAUCAUCUCCCGUAACUCGCGGGAACAUGCCACGGAAGUCGAAGGGCUCCGUACACGAAUAUCUAACCUGGAAACAGAAUGCAGUGAUUUACGGGUCGAAUCAGCUCGCGUGAAGGCCGAUAGUCAAGCUGCUGUUUUGGAUUUGAAGCGUAAUACUGAAGCUCUGGCCGAAGCACAAGAUCAAUUACGUGUGAUGCAGCAGGAAAAAGAAGUGACCGAGAAGAAGCAUCAGCGUGAUAUGGACAUAUUGCGCAAGGAUCGUGAUCACGCUGUGCAGGUUGUGGAAAUGUGGACUCGGGAGAAACACGCCAAUGAACAGUUGCGAAACUACAUCGAUUCACUGAUCACCCGCAUCAUCGAACGACACCCAUCCUUGUUGGAGGUGGCUGCCACACCGGCCCGAUGA